AUGGCGUCCGCUCUAUCCCGCAGGUUGGCCAUCAGGGCCCUUCAAAACCCCAGCUCUGGCACCGUCUUCCCCCUGCAACUGGGCGGCUCUCGUCUGAGAUCUCUCGAGGGUGAAAUUUCAGCCCCCGAUGCCAGAUUCAUCUCCCGCCCCAUCGCCCCCAAUCCUCGCGGUAAUAGCAUCACCAGAUCCAGCCCCGAUUUGGCUCCCCCUGCCCUAAAUCUGCUCAAGACAUGGAAGGCAUCUUGCUCGUUAAAUCCCUCCUGCAGCGUCCCCACUGUAGUCGCAGAGCUUGGAACCCUCCGACCCUUUCUCGCCAGGCAGCUCUCCAGCGGCGGCGCCGCCGGUGAUGAGGCCCCGAAGGGUGAGCAGCAGGGUGAGAACCAGGAGCUCCGUCACCAAGAGAUCGUCGGGCCGACGGUGGAGAGAGACGUCUCCGCCCUCGCCAACGAGACCCGCGAGGUGCUCGAGAAGAUGAGGAGGAGCAUCUACAACCUCAGCAGGUCGCUGGCCCUCCUGGGCUUGGCCCAUCUCGGCCUCGGGGCUUGGAUCGUCUACGCCGCAGCACCGCCGCAGGAGGUGACCGUCCAAGGCCUCGCGGCCUUCGCGUUCCCCUUCUCCGCGGCGUUCCUGCUCCGGCGGGCCCUCAAGCCGCUGAGCUUCUUCAACAAGAUGGAAGAGCAGGGAAGGCUGCAGAUCCUGACGCUGACUCUUCAGGUCUCUAAGAACCUCAACCUCUUGUUCUUGAGAAUGCGGGUGGUUUCCUUGUUCUGCGUCGUGGGAAUUUCCAUUGGCUCUUCCGUUGCUCUCUGGAUGCCCUGA